UCCGAUCCGUUGUCGAGGCAACAUCUGUGCUGCGCCCGCCGCGAGUGUAUCGACAAAACAGUGCAGUGUUGUGAGUGCCAGUGUCACGGAAAUGUUACUAUUGUGAUCCAAAAAUACCCUAUAAUGGCCUUAAAAAAGGAUUUCGACAUAAACAAGAGCAUAUUCAAAAUAAAACUCCCCAAAACUGUGAAGUUCCAACAAGCUAUCGACAAAAUAUUUAAAAAGAACAACUACACAAAAAUAGUGCAAAGUUAGUUCAGUAGUUUGAAACAGACUCCUUUGAUUAAAUGGCCGGUGAAGUAAGUGCAAAUAUUAGUAGAAGUAGUAAAGAUAACACUGAACCGGAGCCGCCAGAUCGCAACAAGUCACCCAACUUUAUAACAGACGAAACUCAGUUCGUAGGCAACGGGAACAUACGAACAUCAACACCUUUGAGCAAGCACAGGCGGAGUAGAAGUAAAAGUGGUACGAGGAAGACUCCUGUACCGCUGAGCUUUUCAGACGAACAUUUUUAUGAGGAUUUGGAAGCGUAUGUGAGAGAAAUGUCGACCGCAAGGACAACUGCGACCAUGGACGCUGGACAGGAGCACGACCUGUGGGCACAGCUCCAGCAGAAGGAGUCAGACCUGCUGCUGGCUGCAGAGCUGGGCAAGGCCCUUCUGGACAAAAACGAGGAGCUGAAGAAAGAACAGGAGCGCGUGACGGAAGAAUACUCCAAAAAAGUCGAGGAACUGGAACAAGAGAAGCACCUACUCAGACGGCGACUGGACACAACACAAGGCGAGUACGAGGCUCGGCUGCUUGAGCUGCAGAAUGACAUCCGAGAGCUCACAGCCAAGAUCGACUCCAGGGAUACUUCUGUUAAACAGCGAGAUGAGGAAAAAGCCAGUCUAAUAGCAGAGCUGACAGCCCAGAACUCCAGACUGACAGUACAACUGAAAGAGUCAUCAGCCACUGAAGCGAACCUACUGGCACAGCUUGAGGGCUUGAAAGACCAGUGUUCCAUGAGGAAAACCAGUUUACAGGAUCAUGUACAAAGUCUGGAAUCCUUGAAAGCUGAACUGGCGAUGGUGACAGACAAAAAGUCAGAUUUGGAAAGAAGGCUGACGGGGUCACUUAAGGAUAAGGAGAAUCUGAUGCAGCAGCUUGAUGAAGCCAACGACAGGAUCGUGGCCUUGGAGAGACAGCUUAAAGAACAGGAACAUCUCUACCAAAACACACUUAAAGAGUUGGAGCGUCUUCAAAGAUCCCACGAUACCCUCGCCGAGAGGAUCGGGGCACCAGACCCCAUUGACACCACAGACACUGCCAGGUCUCUUCAUGCGGAGAUGGAGUCGGAGCCAGAAGACCAGGAUGAUGGCUGGUUGAGGAGUGAGGCUGUGCAGGUUUAUAAGCAGCUUAGAGCGCUGGCGUUGCAGCUUAAUACUGGACAUGAUGAUGAUUCAGGACUCCACUCCGACCUAUCCUUGACAUCUCUCGACGGCGACGAAGGUGAGACACUCCGACGUGGAGCGCUCGCCGCCGCCUGCGCCGACGCCGUCGCCGCGUACGCCACGCUCGAGGGCUCGAGAGUACGAGACUCCAUAGCUGCGCACGCGCGCCGGGCGUUGGAGAGAGAGCGCCAGAUCGACGAGAAGAAUGAGAUCAUUGCUGAUUUGUCUUCUAAGCUAUCCGUCGCUGAAGUGGAACUCCGUGCAGCUGCCGAGGAGCGUGACAAGCUCCUCAAUGAUGCCAACUACAGCAGUCUACAGAACGACGAGGCUGUCACCAAGGCUCGCCAGGAGAGGGAUGAAGCCAUGGAGAGGAAGAAGGCUGCUGAGGUGGCUCUAGCGAAGACCCGAGUGGAGCUGAUGCAGGCCAACAGUCAACUGUACGAGGCUGUGCGCCAGAAGGUGGACCUUGGCCAGCAGUUGGAGCAGUGGCAGAUGGAUAUGCAGGAACUCAUCGACGAGCAGAUGAAGCACAAGCUGACCACGCAGGAGAAGCGAAGGAAGCUUCCAGAACAGCCGCCUCCCACCAGAACCUCUCGACUCCUCGGAUUUUUUCACCGGUGAUCUGUUGUACCCCACUCUUGGUGCGCCUCUAUGAAGCCAUAGACCACUCGACCAUAUCAACUCUCUACCUUAUCAUCAUCAAAUAUUACCAUCCAUCAACAUUACCAGCUGCCUACAGUUUAUUUUUAAUACUUUUGUACAAAAAUCUUACGUUAUCAAAAUUUCUUGUGGCGACGGCCAUCUUGGCUUACCGUACGGACGCGUCCGCGAUCACCGAGUUUUUAGGUUAUUUUCUAAUUUUAUUUUAUAAACCGUGUGAUUUUUACACUAUCGCAGUGAUAGUUAGUGUCUUAGUUAGAUUGUUUAUAAUUAGUUUACGUUUAAUUUUUAAUGUUUUAUUGUGUCUUUAUAGUUUUUUCACUGUAAAAUGGCUGGUAAAAUUUGGCAUUUGGGCAUUCCCAUAACCUUGUAAGGCGGAUUUAGUACAACAGAUUAUUUUUAUUAGUCGGACGAAAAUCCAAGAGAUAUAAGAUCUUUGGUCCGUAUCGCGACUAACGAAAAAAAUAUCAAAACGAUUCGAUUUGAAACGAAAAUUAAUAACUAACGUAAAAUAAGUCAUGUGUAAUCCGCCAUUUUAAUAAGUCAGCCAUUUUAAAACUUAACUUACCCAUUGCUUUAUUUGUAAAUAACGUUUUAAUAAUUGAGAUUACCUUACUAUGUGUAUGUAUAGUUGGUAAAUAUACGUAAAUCUUCACUUCAAGUGAGAUGUUUGGUGCACUUUAUGUGUAAAAAUUAGUUUUACCGCCUGAUUUUACCACACACGAUACGAAUUAAGUAGUUUCUUAAUUAUUUUUAUCUUCUUUUGUAAAGAGGUUGAGUAGUACAUACAAACCUCCUUGUAGGUAAGUACUUAAAAAAAUAAAUUUCAUGGUCUUGCCCGAUAGAAACUCGGCGAUAACAAAAUUAUAAUUGGAUUUUUCUAUUAGAAAAAAUCUUAGUUGAUAGUGAGCCAAGAGUUUGAAAUGAUGGGCUGACGGGGCAAUAUAUUCCCGUCAAUCAUUUGUGACGCCAUCUUUAAAAAAAUUAAGAGGUCAAUUUGAAAAGGACAAGAACCAGUACCUACGCUUAAAAAUAUUUUAGAACAAUUAUUUUUCUUGUACUACCCAAUCUUUUGAAUUAAGUUAUUAAAAAGUGGUAAAACAGGCAUUUUAGAUAAAUAUGAAUUAGAUUGCUAAAUAAUGAAGAACAUUUAAUAGCCAUAUUAUUUACAUUACUUACUAAUACUAUACAAAAUACUGGUAGGCUCCACUGACGUCUGAUAUCCACAUUGGCCGGAGAAUGUAAGAAAUUUGACAAAUUACCUUCGAAAUAAUACCUUGCAAAACCUGUAGGUGGAGUAAACUUAUAAAGUAUUAGAAAAUGGAGACAUUUUUCACAUUGUCCGGCUAAUGUUGGUAUUAACCAGUUAUGUAGACGACGAUGCAUGAUCUGGUGGAUUUUAUUAGAAUAAUUUUGUGUGUAGUAAAUUCACGAAUAUUAGUAAAAUGUCACAUUAUUUAAAUAAAUGAAUUAUAUACUUAAAUAAAUAUUUGAAUUAUUUUGCAAUAGUAAUUAUAGUUGGUACUUAAUUGUUCUGUGCCUUAAAAGUACCUGGCCUUGUAAAGUGCCUUUACUAUAGUAAAGUCAAUUGUAUUUAUAGUAUUACAAUAGUGACAGCCUUAAAUACGAAUACUCAAACGACACUUAAUUUUGUCUCAGUCACUCUUACUCAAAUAACAGCGACAAAAAGACUUAUAAGUAAAAGUUAGUAACAUUUGAGUAAGUUGAGUAACGUUUGAGUAUUUUGAACAUAGGAGAUUAUACAUAAACGGUGGAUUUUCACACUGAAAUCAAUGAAAACAGUUGAAACUUUUAAAAUUAUUUCAAAAUUAAAAUGUAUCUCAAAAAAAAGGCGGGGAAAAAAAUAUCUACAGAUUUCUUGUCUAUGGGUCUUAUCUUUUAUACGGAAAUAAGUCCCACCACAACAAUCUACAUUUUUUUCUAACUUAGUUAUUAAAGAGGGCAAUGAUUUCCAUAACAGAAUUUGAAGAAAACUAAAGACCUUUUUACCACUUCUGGAAAAAAUAUCUUCUUGGUUGCCUUAAUUACCAAAGCCGUAAUUUUACCGGGAAAAAUAAUUUUGCCGGGACUUAGCGGAGGUGGUAAACUGGUCAUGAAAUAAAGCUCUCUUAAAAAUGCAUUUCAUUAUGAAAUAAAUUUAAAUAUCCGUGGGAAAUCUUACCGAAUUAUUGUACUUAAAUAAUAGGUUCUCAAGGCUUACAAAUAAUAAUAUAUAAAAUUACAUACUUAUAGGUACAAUAUAUUUUAUAAACAUGCUCAAGUGUAUAAAUAGAUUGCUCAGAUAUAUAAAUACAAAUAAUUUAUUUGUUUCAAUAUUUUUGUCAUAAAUAAUACUUCAAAUUACUAUUAUUUAUAAUAUUCUUCAGAGGCCUUAAAGUCAUGGUUUAGCCUGAAAUAAAAUCAAGUUGCCUUAUACUAUAAAAUACUUUUCGAAAUGAGCUUUAUUUUUUUCAAACUACAUUUAAACAUCCAAUUAUUGGCAUGGAAACUUUAUAAAUGUAUUAGUUCCAAUUAUGUAAAGAUAUCUGUAUAUUUUUGAAAAUUCUGCAUUAAUUUGAGUCAUUGAGUAAUUCUUAGUUCCAUUAAUAUCCACUAGGGGCGCUGGUGUCACUAUACAAAAUCAUUUUUUUACUUCUUUUGUAAAAUUUGCGUUAAUUUUACUUAACAAUGCAAUAGGAUAAUGCAAAAGCAAUAUAAAUUACUGUAUUUAUGUGUACAUAGUUGCACGAACAACUUUAUUCUUUAUGUCAUUGCAAUAAGGUUAAAAAUUACAUUAAAAAUGUCAACACUAAUUCGGAGAUAUUAUUGUACUUACUUAAUUUAUUUUUAAGACUGAACUAAUUAUUGUUUUUUAAAAUAUUGAUUUUAUAAUUUUUUGCUGUAUCCGAAAUAAAUUUUGCAAUUCAUUGUGUUGUAAGAAUUAAUAAUUGUAUUUGUAUUUUUAACUUUUAAUUUUCUAUUUAGCACAAAACACUGUUAUGGCGAGUAUAACUUCUUAGUCAUUCCAUUUUUCUAUGAAUUCUUUGGAUUUAUUACAUUAUUUACUAUUUAUAAACCUAUCCAAGGUUUCUCUUAAAAACAGUAUCAUUUUUAACUUAAAAAAAUGAUAGGUGAUUUUGCUAGAGAGACAUUUUUAUAUCUUAUCAGAAAUUAUACUACUGCUAAUUCAAACUAGAUAAUGUAAUAAAUCCACAACGGAUUACUUUAUGUAAAUUGAUACAUAUUUUACUACCUGAUCCAAUCCAUCGUUUUAUUAGUGCAAGUGUACUAACAAUCACAUCUUCAUAAGUACUUACCUAAAAUAAUCUUAAUUUAUAAGAUCUUAAUAGUGACUAGAAAUAUCAUUAUAAAUAGUAAUUAAUUAUGUUUAUGGAAUUAAUAAAUAAAGAAUGAGUUUAAACUGGAA